UCAAAACAAACCCAUGGGCCAAGCCAUCACACAACAUUUCCUUCAAUUUGGAUCAACAUAACUACACAACAAAAAUGAUUUUCCCCUAAAAUAAUACCAAAUUAAAAGAGCCCCCAUUUGGCAUUAAAUUAAUUUCAUAUCUAAUUAACCCCAAAUCCCUAAUUCCUAUCCUCUCCAUAUAUAUAACUCACCAAUUUCCCCCCUUUAACUUCACCUCACCAAAUUCUCCCCAAAAACCCAAUCCACACACACACACACACACAAUGAAGGACCCGAAAUCGCAAAAACUCCAGCCAUGGAAGCCCCUAACUGCAAGCUACUGCUGUUCGGCAGACGAUCACAAGCGCACCAUAUUCCGUAACUUGAGCGGCUGCCGAACUUCAAAAUCGGAGGUUUUGAGCGCUCCACGGUUACCAUCUUUCCGGAAGCUGACAUUCUCUGAUGUCAGCGUUGGGUCGAACUCGGCCAGGAUCAAUGAGGACUUAGCCCAGUCGUUUGGCGGCGAUUUGUACGAUUUUCAGAUGUGCGAGCUUCGAGCCGCGACUCAAGGCUUUUCGAGCAGCUUCCUAUUGGGGGAGGGAGGGUUUGGGAGAGUUCACAAGGGCUAUGUGGAUGAGAGCUUGAGGCCGGGCCUCAAGGCACAGCCCGUAGCAGUUAAGCUGCUCGAUAUCGAGGGGUUACAAGGCCACCGUGAAUGGCUGCUAAGGCACCCCAACUUGGUGAAGUUAAUUGGCUAUUGCUGUGAAGACCAAGAGAGGGUUCUUGUGUACGAGUUCAUGCCAAGAGGCAGCUUGGAAAAUCAUUUGUUCAAAAGGCUGUCGAUUUCUCUAGCAUGGGCGACGAGACUGAAGAUCGCUAUAGGGGCAGCAAAAGGUUUGGCGUUCUUGCACGGUGCAGAGAGCCCAGUCAUAUAUCGUGAUUUCAAGACUUCAAAUGUUCUGUUAGAUUCGGAUUUCAAUGCCAAGCUAUCAGAUUUCGGGCUUGCUAAAAUGGGGCCUGAAGGAUCAAAUACUCACGUUACAACUCGAGUAAUGGGAACAUAUGGUUAUGCUGCACCUGAAUAUGUCAGCACUGGUCACCUAACUACAAAGAGUGACAUCUACAGUUUUGGAGUGGUUCUCUUAGAGCUCUUGACAGGAAGAAGAGCAGUGGACAAGACAAGGCCCAAAAGUGAGCAAAACUUAGUGGAUUGGACAAAGCCCUACCUUACAAGCACCCGAAGGUUACGCUGCAUAAUGGACCCCAGGCUAGCGGGCCAGUACUCUGUGAAGGGGUCCAAGGAAAUGGGCCUUCUGGCCAUGCAAUGCGUGAGCUUGAACCCUAAAGACAGGCCUAAAAUGCCAGCUAUCAUCGAAACACUUGAAAGCCUGCAGCAUCUAAGGGAUAUGGCAAUUACUUAUGGACAGUGGCCCGCUUCUACUAAAACGGGCCGAACUGUGGGCUUUGUUCCUAAGGAGAGGAGGCAGACUGGGUUUGGGUGUAAAAGUGCUGCGGUUGCAGCCAGCCCAAGAAGCAAAUAGUUAUAUUAUAUAGUAUCUAGUAAAUGGAGUGACUUGAACUUGUAUCAACUUCACAACAAGGCAGAUAUAAAUUGCCAAUGUAAAUGAAUAUUUGGAUGUGAGCUGUAUAAUAUAUAAAAUACUUAUCUACUUGUACAUUGUAAUCAAGUUGAAGCACCUAUCACUCAAAUUAUUCAGUUAUAGAUCCAAGUAAGCAAGAAAAGAAUUACUGCACGGUGUAAAAAAUGUCAAAGUAAAAGAAAACUUCCGAUUAAAUGCAGGCCAAAGUUCUCUCAAAGUUGGUGUCCUAUUAGAAACUAUUAUCCAUAGAUUAACAGUAAUGCUCAAGCGGGUUGUCUCAUAACUUCUACAAUAUCAAAUAUAAACUCAUUCCAUGUUUUUCUGACAAAGAAACUAACCUAUAUGAAAUAAGUUCUUCAAUUGCCCUCGUAUUUAGGAUCCGCCAAGACAUAGUGAUAAGCAAUGACGAGAACAAAUAUGAAUAUGCCGAGAAAGUUGGCAAAGAAGCCCAAGUCCUGAUCGUCAAUCAUCUGAAAUCGGAGAUGGAGUGAUGCUCUGAUGUAUAGACUCGUAGCUGCAAUCCAAAAAGUCCUGAAAAUCGCCAUUUUGAUAUGUGCUUUGAAUUUUUGUACCAGUCUCACUCUCCCCAAGUCGAG